GACGAAAAAGAAUAUACUCAAAAGAGAGGGGGGGCAUAACUGUCAUUUGCUCCAUCUACUCAUUUCCUGAAUAGAAGGGAGAGUCAAUCAUAUGGCGAUACAGUCCCAAGUUUUGUGAGCUUGAACCCAUCGGAGAGAGAUCGAGAGAGAUCAAAUGGCGGCGAUAACAACCGCAGUGAUAGCACUAGCCGGAAUCAUACUUGGAUGGAUAACGAUAGAGAUGGCUUGCAAGCCUUGUCUUGAGAAAGGCCGUGAAGCCAUCGACAGAUCUCUCAACCCCGAUUACGAUCCCGACGACGAAGACGUCGUCGAUGCUUCCUCCGCCCCUCGCGCUCCUCUCCUCACCAAUCGUCCUCCGGAUAUCCCCGAUCCCUCCGCCGCUGAUCCCUCCACCGCGUUAAAGUCAGUCUGAUCGGUUCGGUUCGGUCCUUGAUUCUUUUUUGUUUUGUUUGGUCUGUAUUUAUCUGAGUUGCUGUGUAAACCAAACCUCUCUCGUCUUCAAUAAACUAUCUCGUGUCUUCUAAAAUGUUUGUCACUCAGUUGAUUUUGUGCUCUUUCUAUUGAAUAUUAGUGUUUUUUUUUCUCUUAA